AUGGCAAAACAUUUAAAAGCUUUAAUUGGACCAUCUAUUCUUAAUUCCGAUUUGUCAAGACUCUACGAAGAAUCUCAGAAACUUUUAGAUAAUGGAGCUGAUUACUUGCAUUUGGAUGUAAUGGAUGGCCAUUUUGUUCCUAACCUUACCUUUGGACACCCAGUAGUGAAGUGUCUCAGAAAUAAAAUUAAAGAUGCCUUUUUUGAAACCCAUAUGAUGGUGGCUAAUCCUGAACAGUGGAUUUCACCAAUGGCAGAUGCUGGUGUCAACCAGUAUACCUUUCACAUUGAACCAGUGGAUGAUGUUGAGAGAGUUUGUAGAAAAAUAAAAGAAAGUGGAAUGAAGGUUGGCCUAGCAAUCAAACCUGGUACUCCUGUGUCAGAUGUUGAAAAAUACAUUUCAAUGUCAGAUAUGGUGUUGAUAAUGACCGUAGAGCCAGGGUUUGGUGGUCAGAAGUUCAUGGAAGAUCAGAUGAUAAAGGUUCGGCAUUUAAGAGAGCAUUAUCCACUGUUAAAUAUUGAAGUUGAUGGUGGUGUAGGUCCUGCCACUAUUGGGUGCUGUGCUAAUGCAGGAGCAAAUAUGAUAGUCUCUGGAACAGCUGUGAUAGGUGCUCAAGAUCAAGCUGCUACUAUCAAACAACUUAGGGAUACAGUACAACAAGCAAUGUCUCAGUAA